AUGGCGGUUUUGAACCGCCGUUUUCACAUGUAUAUAAAACAAAUGAAUUGCAACCCUAACCUCAUUAAACGAAACACACGGCGCUCUCGAUCUCCCUUCUCUCUCCUUCGUCUCCUCCGUGCUCCUACAACGCCGUUCUUCCCUCUCGGGCUUCUCCUUUCUCCGCCGGUUACGAUUUCUCUAGGUACCUCUCCCUCUCUGCCAGUGACUGAUUUGUUUCUCUGCAGCUCCCUCUCAAGUUCUCUAGCUCCACGAUCUGGUCGACACUGCUUGCAAAGCCGACGAGUUAAGGUAGUGCCAAUGUCUUCUCAGAUCUAGUGCCAAUUUUGAUUCGGAAG